GCGACGGCAUAAAAAAAUUCAGGUUUGCACGGAUUUCGUGAAGGGUGAUUUGCUGGGGGUUUCGGCCUUCGUGGUGCGAGGGUGAGUUCGCUCGAGGGGCAAGGAAGAGGAAAAGGAAGACGAAUCCGAUGGAGGACGAAAUCGGAGGAGGAGACAAGGGGAAGAGCUUCCCGAUGGAUCCCAACCUCCCCAUAGGGGUCUGCCAGAACUGCCACCACGCCCUCUGCGUCGUCGGCGUCGAUUCCUACGCCGACAAGUUCUUCAACGACCCAUCCCGCUCCGGCAUGCAAGCCUCCACAGUUCAGGGAAGCGUGAUGGGCGCUAGCCGAAUGGAUCAUUCAUUUGUGGUGCUACCAAAACAAAAAUAUCAGGGUCAUGGAGUUCCUCCACGCCCACGAAGCACUACUCCACAGCCAGACAAUAGCCACUCUGCAAAGGCAAUCGAGGAGUCAUAUGUUGUGUUACCACCUGCUGCUGCUUCAAUGUACAAGAGUGAGUUGACACCUGAAGAGGGGGGAGCCCAACAACGGUUCCAAGGUGGAAGUCCUAGCAGUGGUUUGCAGGUCAAUGGCCCAGGAUUCCACUCUAGCAUAAUCUUGAAAAGGGCAUUUGAUAUUGCAACUACACAGACACAGGUUGAGCAACCUCUUUGUUUGGAAUGCAUGAGACUGUUGUCAGAUAAACUUGAUAAAGAGGUAGAAGAUGUGAACCGAGACAUCAAAUCCUAUGAAGCAUGCCUUAAACAAUUUGAAAUGGAAUCCUAUGAUGUUCUUAGUGAGGCCGACUUUCUACAAGAGAAAGCGAAGAUUGGGGAAGAAGAGAGAAGACUUCAGGCUGAAAUUGAAGAAAUUGAGAAGCAGCGUUUGGAAGUUAAUGCUGAACUGAAGGAGGUACAAGUGAAAUCCAAGGAGUUUAAAGAGUUAGAGGAGCGCUAUUGGCAUGAGUUCAACUCCUUCCAAUUCCAACUGAUUUCUCAUCAGGAAGAGAGAGAUGCUCUAUUAGCCAAGAUAGAAGUUUCACAAGCACACUUAGAUUUACUGAAGCGAACCAAUGUGCUAAAUGAUGCUUUCUCUAUUUCACAUGAUGGAGAAUUUGGAACUAUUAACAACUUUCGACUUGGCCGUCUUCCUAAGAUACCGGUUGAAUGGGAUGAAAUAAAUGCUGCUUGGGGCCAGGCAUGUCUUCUUCUUCAUACUAUGGCUCAACAUUUUCGACCAAAGUUUCUGUAUCGAAUAAAGAUUCUUCCGAUGGGAAGCUAUCCCCGUAUUAUGGACAAUAACAAUAAUACAUAUGACCUGUUUGGUCCUGUGAAUUUGUUCUGGAGCACUCGCUAUGACAAAGCAAUGACAUUGUUUUUGACAUGCCUCAAAGAGUUUGCAGAAUUUGCAAAUCUGAAGGACCAAGAAAAUAAUAUACCUCCUGAGAAAUGCUUUAGACUGCCCUACAAAAUUGAGAAUGACAAGUUGGAUAGCUACACAAUCACCCAAAGUUUCAACAAGCAGGAGAAUUGGACAAAAGCUCUGAAGUACACAUUAUGCAAUCUUAAAUGGGUCCAGUAUUGGUUUGUCGGCAAUUCCAACUUUCAGCCUCUUUCAGCAAUGGCUUCUUCACGUGCUGAUGUGCCAGUCAUGGGAUCUUCGCAUGCGAAACAAUCUGCUGACCGAAGGAGCUGAGAGUUUCAUCGAGCCAUCCGCUGACCUGGCUUAAAGCAACAGUCCAGAGAAUCAUGCAUAUGUACAGAAACAAACUAUUAGUUUUGCAGUUUAGUUAAAGCAUGCAGAUUGUUUAACUGGGAAUAAUAAGAACCCUUUUGCCACUACUGGGAAUUUACAUGUAAAUUCUGAUGUUGCGUGCAGAGUGGACGUGUUAUGGAUAUAGAUACAGAUUCAGAAAGCUAGCUGAAUAGUCUUUAUAGAA